UUUUAUUAUUUCAUCAUCAUUAUACAUUCUGUGAUUUAGUCAAAAUUUAGACAAGAGAAAAUGCAAUUUCAAAAAGUUACUCAUGUUUUAUUUGAUUUAGAUGGGUUGAUAAUAGAUUCUGAAAUCAUAUACACGGAGGCUUUUACCACAGUAUGUGCAAAGUAUGGAAAAGUAUUCACAUGGGAAUUGAAAUCUAGUUUAUUAGGUUUUCAAGGCCCUGAAUGUGCUGAAAAGAUUAUAAAAACCUUGGAACUACCCAUCACAAAAGAAGAAUUUAUUGCAGAAUGUUGGAAACUCUACACUGCUUUGUUCCCUAAUGUCAAAGUAAUGCCAGGAGCCAAAAGAUUAGUUAAGCAUCUUAAAGAUAAUGGAGUACCAAUUGCAUUAGCUACAAGCUCUAGCCAAGAAAGCGUUGAAAUGAAGAUGCAGCACCAUAAAGAAUUGCUGGGUAUGUUCCAUCACCUUACAAUGGGCACAUCGGAUCCUGAAGUGACAAAAGGAAAGCCUGAUCCAGCUAUAUUUCUUGUAUGUGCUUCACGGUUUCCAGAUAAACCAAAGUCAGAAAAUUGCUUGGUGUUUGAAGAUGCAGUAAAUGGUAUCAAAGCAGCAAGAGCAGCUAAUAUGCAGGUGGUGGUUGUCCCAGAUCCUCGAAUAGAUGCUGCAGAACUAAAAGAUGCCACAUUAGUUCUCAGGUCAUUAGAAGAUUUUAAACCUGAACUAUUUGGUCUACCUCCAUAUCCUUCAUAAAAAUUUUGUUAAUUUAGUAGGUAGCUUAUUGACUUAUGUGGUAGAGUCAUGCUGU